ACUUGCCCAGCACACAUUCACUCUUCUUAUUACCUAUACACAUACACUGCACAGCAGCGCCGGAUUUCCCAUUAGGCAGUGUAGGCAAUGGCAUGUGCCUACAGGCGCACUGCAGCGAGGAGCGCCGCACCUGCUGCCUGUGUGAGAGAGUCUGUCAGUGUAUUUAAAUUUAAAAAAAAUAUAUAAAACAUUUCAGUAAAUACAGAGGCUGUGGGCGGGCUCAGCGAGACAGUUGUUACGGCCCGUUUUACACUGGGGAGGGACUCUGGAGGGUCUGAGGUCGAGCCGGGAGUAGUAAGGACUACUAGUGAGUCCCUGACUGUGGUCACUCUGCUCCUUGAUGCCCGUUUGUUUUGCGGAGUUGGGGGGCGUACCCGCAUCAGGUGAUCCGGCUGCUGCCUUCAUAGUCAGGAAAACGAGAAAGUGCUGUGGAAGAAGAAGAAUACUGACUCGAUCAGACUAUUGCUGUAAUCACGGUUACAUCAGUGGAUUGCAUUUUCUUGGACACACUUCAAAGGAGUGCGCAACAGCGCAAUAGUACAAGAUAUUUUUUUUAAGCAAUCGAAGAAAAUCCUCUCUUACUGAAAAAAAUAGAGGUGGAGUAACCACAAAGUGUAUAACGGCAUGAAAAGAACUUCACAGGAAACCUGACAUUCAAUGUUCGGAUCAAGCUGUCUCUCAGAUAUGUAACGCCCUGUUCUUAGCUGGCUAAUCUCUUGGUCCCAGGAUGUCUCUGGACCAUCAUAACCGGAGCAGGACAGGCACUUUUGCCAGGGCAGAUGUCCCCACGGAGCUGUUCAAUGAUGGAGAUAUCAGUAAGGAGGAGAUGAGAAUUCUAAAAGUCUGUUUCCACAGCAACAGCUCCAACCUCGUUAAGAACUUCAAGCUAGUGAAAUGCAGUAUACUGACUGAGAUACGGGAGAUCAUCAGCUCUAUCCUUUUAAGUGGAAGAAUAGGCCCAGAUAUCCAGCAUGUAAAAUGUUACGGCCUCCGUCUGAAACAUCUCAAAUCAGACGAGAUCCAUUGGCUGCACCCUGAUAUGACAGUGGGAGAAGUUCAGGAUAAGUACGAGUGUCUGCAUCUGGAAGCCGAGUGGAGGUAUGACCUGCGGAUUCGCUACCUGCCAGAUGACUUUAUUGAAAGUUUCAAGAAGGAUAAAACUACGCUACUUUAUUUCUAUCAACAACUUAGAAAUGACUACAUGCAGCAGUAUGCAACAAAAGUCAGCGAAGGGAUGGCAUUACAGCUGGGAUGUCUGGAACUCAGGAGGUUUUAUAAAGAUAUGCCCCAAAAUGCUCUCGAGAAGAGAUCCAACUUUGAUUUCUUGGAGAAAGAAGUGGGAUUGGAUCUGUUUUUUCCCAAGCAGAUGCAGGAGAGUCUAAAGCCCAAGCAGUUCCGCAAGAUGAUCCAGCAAACAUUCCAACAGUAUGGAUCCUUAAAGGAGGAGGAGUGUAUCAUGCGCUUUCUUACCACACUGUCGAGUUUUACAUCUAUUGAUCAGGAAACCUACAGAUGUGAACUAGCACAAGGGUGGAGCAUUACUGUUGACUUAGUCAUUGGCCCUAAAGGUAUUCGACAACUUACUAGCAAGGAUUCUAAGCCCACAUGUUUCACUGAAUUUAAACAGAUCAAAUCAAUCAAAUGCUCGUUACUAGACGAUGGUCGAGCCCUGCUGCUACUGGGAAUAUCUGGAGCUCCUCAGGCCUUGGCUAUUAAAACCCAUUCAUUGGCUGUAGUGGAAAACAUGGCUGACCUUAUUGAUGGCUACUGCAGGCUAAAAAACGAAACCGAAGAAUCUCUCAUUGUCCAUCCUUGGAGUGAAAAUGAAAAGAGAAAUAGUUUGCCGAGAAUCCCUUCUCAGGAGGUGUCUGAUAGAAGUUCCAGAUUUCGAGAAGGAAGCAGUAUUGAUUCUGACAUUUAUGCAGAAAUUCCAGAAGACUCCGGACCAAGGUCUGCAACAAUUCGAUACGCCAUCAACCGGGAUGACGUCAUACUUGGUCGGAUCCUUGGUGAAGGCUUUUUUGGGGAAGUCUACGAGGGUGUUUAUAAAAAUCAGAAAGGAGAGAAAAUUAAUGUAGCAAUAAAAACCUGUAAGAGAGACUGUGCUGCAGACGUGAAGGAGAAGUUUAUGAGUGAAGCCAUUUUAAUGAAGAAUUUGGAUCACCCGCACAUUGUGAAACUUAUUGGCAUCAUUGAGGAUGAUCCAAUUUGGAUAGUGAUGGAAUUGUAUCCAUUCGGGGAGCUUGGGCAAUAUCUGGAGAAGAACAAACACACACUCCAAGUCUUGACACUUAUCCUGUAUGCACUACAGAUCUGCAAAGCUCUGGCUUACCUGGAGGGAAUUAAUUGUGUUCACAGGGAUAUUGCAGUACGGAAUAUUUUAGUUGCAUCUAAUCAGUGUGUGAAACUGGGAGACUUUGGACUUUCACGGUACUUAGAAGAAGAAGAGUAUUACAAAGCAUCAGUAACUCGACUCCCAAUUAAGUGGAUGGCUCCAGAAUCCAUUAACUUCCGGCGCUUUACAUCUGCUAGUGAUGUCUGGAUGUUUGGAAUUUGUAUGUGGGAGAUCCUGUCUUUCGGGAAACAGCCUUUCUUCUGGUUAGAGAAUAAAGAUGUGAUCAGUGUCAUUGAGAAAGGAGAUCGUCUCCCGAAGCCAGAGCUGUGCCCGCCCACUCUUUACACUUUAAUGACCCGGUGUUGGGUAUAUGAUCCCACAGAAAGACCAAAAUUCAAUGAGCUGGUCUGCAGUUUAAGCGAUAUAUAUCAAACAGAGAAUGAGAUUGCAAAAGAUAAAGAGAGAAACAACCGUCAAAGGCCCCCCAAGAUUAUUGAACCUCCUCCUAUGCAAGAACCUCCCCCAAAGCCAAGUCGGCCAAAAUACAAAGCAUCAGCACCAGGAAACCUGCUAGCGCCAAAACUGCAAUUCCAGGUGCCAGAGAGUCUGUGUGCCAGCUCUCCCACGCUCUUUAGUCCCACGGAAUACCAAUCUCCUCUUGACUCUUCGCACAGUCCACCACUUAUGCGCCAUAGCAUCUUUAAACGUCGCAGUAUGAGGGAUGAAGACUUUUUAAAACCUAGUACCAAAGAAGAAGCCCAGAAAAUAUGGGAAAAUGAGAGAGCAAAAAUGUUGCAGGUUCUGAAUCGCCAGCAGCAGCAGAUGGUCGAGGACAGCAAGUGGUUAAAGCAAGAGGAGAGGUCAUUGGAUCCCAUGCGGCAGGCAAAUGACAAGCCACCAGAGCCACUUCCUGAAAAAGAAAUAGCAUACACUGAAUUUACAGUACCCCCACAAAAACCCCCAAGAUCAGGAGCACAGGUGACAUCCACUGGCAGAGAAGAUGAUCAGUCGUCACGCACAAGAGAAACUUUAACUCAGUCUUUGCAACCAGCUCCCACCGCUAACCUAGACCGUACAGAUGACAACGUCUAUCAAAGCGUUAUGGAACUGGUAAAAAGCGUGUUACAACUGAAAAAUGACAUCUACCAGCUUCCUCCUGAGGGAUAUGUGAAUGUCGUUAAGAAUGUAGGAUUGACACUCAGAAAGCUUAUUGGGAAUGUUGAUGAACUGUUGCCGUCAUUACCGUCUUCAUCUCGCACAGAGAUUGAAGGCACACAAAAACUGCUAAGCAAAGACCUUGCUGAGCUGAUCAGUAAGAUGAGAAUGGCGCAGCAGAAUGCUGUGACGUCGCUGAGCGAGGAGUGCAAGAAGCAAAUGCUAACUGCCUCGCAUACCCUAGCAGUGGAUGCCAAAAACUUGCUGGAUGCAGUUGACCAGGCUAAAGUCAGAGCUAAUAUUGCUAAGAUUGCUCUGGAGUGACAUUUCAUAGACAAGGGACAAGUGAUCUCUGCCAGACGAGUCUUCUUAUUCAACUACAUUUCCACAGUAUUUGUUACUGGUGAAUUGGUUUUGUCCAUUUGUAUUUAUAGCCGUAGCUGCUACUUUCGUAAAACUACGAACAUUGCAUGUUAAAUGGGAGAUCACAAUAGUUCGCCUCCACUCUGAAGCUGUCUUCGCAUACGAUAAACUGAAUUUCGGAUACGUUCUCAUGCAGCCGCUGAAGAUUUGGUCUUUAGAGAUGAGCUACAAAAAUGUAGUUAUAUAGGACAUGUUGGGAGUUGUAUUUAUUUUGCAAAUGUAUUGCAAAUAAUGUUCUUUAAUUCUGAGAUUUUACUACGGCUCAGUGAAAGGAAUUUUAUUUUUGUACCUUAGCUACCAGAUGCUAUUUAAUAUGAUUUCAUUAGUAAUGAAUAUGUUCAACGUACAAGUUCAACUCUUUUAUUUUUAACUAAAAAUAUUUUAAGAGAGCAAUUACCCAUUCAAUUUUUAGAGGACAAAUGACAUUCAGAAAAACAGAAAAUACUGAAUUUGUGUCCUAUUCAUGUGGUCUUACUAAAAUAAAUAUACAUUUUACAUUGUAUGUAAGUUGUUUUAAUGCAUACAUACAUUAAAAUAAACAUCUAGGGUAAUUAGUAUAUUUUGGUUUUAAUUUGAUAAUAUAAAAUGUGGGUUUCUAUAACAACGUGCUGUGGCGCAAAUGAUUCAUGCCUCUAGCCCUUGAUUGAUAUAAAAGUUUUAACAAUAUUGAAAACCUUAGUUGCUCUGCACUCUUUGUCUUAGCAAUUUGUAGUUUUUAAUCCAGCCUUUGAUAUAGCCUUUCAUUUUUAUCGUUAAAAUCAAACUAUUGUUAUAUAAAGACCUUUCUAUUGGAUUAUCGCUUGCACAAUAAUUCAAGGUUCGUAUUAACAAAGAAAACUACAGAUUUGUUUUUCUAAAUUGGGCAAAUUUCUACCACAUUACUUUCUAAUACAAUUGUUACUAGGAAAAGAACACAAUAAAUGACUCUUGCCUUUUGCUAUAUUCUCUUUAUUAAAUAAUAUAAAUCAAUAUGUCAUUUUUCUGUUGCCAACAUAAUAAAGCAUUAUGGGUAAAUGUAGCUUUCUUCAUGAGAUUUGCCAAGAGGUAGAGGUCUGAAUGGGUUUAUGUUUAAAUGUGUUUUCCCCCCACAGCAUGAUGACAGUCACAAUAGUGACACGUCUCAUUGUGUGCUCUUUUCAACAUUUUACAGCUAUGGCCUGUUAUUGGUUUUUUGUUACCUUUUGUUGUUUGUUUACAAUUUUUUUCUGUCUCUCCACUAGGUAAUGAUUUGGGUUAAAUGACAAACUUUUAAAUUGGUCUAUACGAUAAAAAAGUGACUGUUUAUUAUAUCACAAAUAUAGUGAGCAGCUGGAUAUUUUACAGUGUUGAAUAAAAGUCAGUAGUGAUCAAUCAAGAUAAAUUUUAGCAUCAAAACACAGAUCUUUCACUUAAUAAUUGACUAUUUUAGCAUGUAAAUGUGAUAUGUCUAUGUAAAAUUCUACUUUUGUAUAUACCAGAAAUUUGUAAAUGUGGCUAAUGUGAUUACAAAGUAAUUAUCAACUUUAGGUUGUUAACAGGCAUUUGUUUCUUCAGAAUUUCUAAAUAAAACUAUCACUUUUUGUGAUUUUCAAAAUA